UUUUUCAGAAAAUUACUCUGAAGUUGCAAAUUUAACACUAAAAAAUUGAUAAAUUUGAUACCUAUUUAAUCAAUAUAAGCAACAAUGCUGCUAAAUAUUGAAGGUAAUCAACUAAAAGAUGAGGUGCGCAAAGAUAACGAGCUUAAAACAUUAUAACUUAGUCCACAGUUUCUAAUAUAAGUUUAAAAUGAUACAAUUAUUUUAUAUAUCUUGCUGUAUAUUGAAAUAAUUAGCAGUAUAGUGGCAAUUAGUAAAAUAUGCAAUGAUUUAACAUUCAUAACUUUCAUUUUUAUUGUAGAAAUAUAAAGAUAAUAUUUAAUACAAUAAAUAAAUGAGUUCCUUAAGAGAAAUAAAUCAUUUUUUUUAUUCAUGAAUCUCAUAUCAAUAAAUUUCCCAAAUGAGUUAAAAUAUACAAAUGAAUGAAGAAGUUUAAGCUUAAAAUAAUAUACUGAGCGAAUACAAAGACAUUACACAUGAGAUUAUGCCCUUAGCAACUAAUUAGGGAAUAUCUUGAAAAGUUUCUCUUCAAAAUUCAGGCUUUAACAUGUGAUGAUUUGCUUUUGAACAUAGUCAAGAAAUGUUUUUCAUAAUUUUACAAUAAUUGAAGACCUUGAAACAGUUACCAAAGACAGUUUUAAUAAUUUCCAAUCAUAAAUGUUGAAUUCUAGAAAAAUACAGGAAAAAUUAGGUGUGUGGGAGAUAAAAAAGAGGAAAAGAGAUCAUUUCUAACCAGUAUAUAUAGAAGAAUCAAGACAAAAAUUAGAUUAGAAAGCACAUUCAGAUUAAAAGGUCCUCAUUAACUGAAAAGUCAUAUUCACAAUGAAUUUUGAGAUAAUUAUCUGACCAUAAGAUUGGAAUUGCUAAGAUGAAUUGAGUGAAUGGAAAUCUAGCUUUAUUAUAUUAAAAGUGUCUAAAAGAUUUUCAUUAAAAUUUAUGAAGAAGCUGUAUUGUAUUAAUUUGGUUAAUGAAUUAAUCUCAGAAACUGAAUUAUCUUUUUCAUCAAAUUAGUGAGAUGAUGAGCUUUUACUGUGUCAAAUUAAUUGCUAACAAACUAUUGGACUAAUUUUCAGUUUGAAUAUUAAAGUUCAAUGGACGAAUCAAAGGAUAAUGUGAAAGAGGAUGAUUAUCCAGAUCCACCAGUUUUAUCUCCAAUGGAAGUUAUGGAGUAUGAUAAAAUGAUUCCUUCUGAUGAUAAAGAGAAACAGUUAGAUAAAUCACAACCUGCAGGACUUGUGUUAGAUGAUGAUAGUUCAAUAAGCAAAGAUUCUACAACUCACCAACUUUCAAAUGAAUCAAAGAAAAAACAUUCAAAAAUGAAUAAAAGUACUUUUGAAUAUCAGUUUCAGUUAAGGCAGUAUCAUAUUGUAAAAGGUCAAAAAUUAUUUAAAUGUGAUAUCUGUUCAGGAACUUACAGAUACGCUUUUAGUUUGAAACGUCACUUUUUGCGCAACCACAUUAAUUAUAAAUAUUUAUCAAAAGCAGAUAUAUCCAACUGUAAUAUAAAUGUAUCUCUCAUCAGUGAUAAUAACAAACGAUUAAAUAACAGUCAGCAAGAUAAUUCGGCAGAAGGAAGUUUAAUUCAAGAACCUGGUGAUGCACUUGUUGAAAAUAGUCAAAUAACCUUUCCAAGUUUAUAUAGUUGCUAUUUAUGUUGUGAGUACUUCCAUAAUAAGAUAGACUUAAAAAAUCACAUUGAAAAUCAUUCUGUUGUUGUGAAACAGAAAGAAUUUAAAUGCGACAAGUGUGACAUUAAGUUUACAUUAAAGAAAAAUCUUCUACGUCAUGUGGCAGCUCAUAACAGUGAAAAGUCUUUUAUUUGUAAAUAUUGUGGUAAACAAUUUCUUACGCUAGCAAGUCAGAAAAAACAUGAAAGAAUUCAUGAAGGGAAGAAAUCUUACAGGUGUAUAUACUGUACCUUAAUUUUUUCUUGUAACAAUGACUUAAUUGAACAUAUACAAAAUCAUCAUAAAGAUUUCUAUUAUCCUUGUAAAAUUUGCUCAAAAUAUUUUGAUAAUGAGCAUUCAUUAUCAGAGCACAUGGAACAGCACAUGGACUUUUCAUUAUUAAAUAAUAAUUCACAAAACAGCCAAUCUCCUCUAAAUGAAAUAAAUAAAAAUUUCCUAUGUGAUGAUGAUGCAUUAGAAAUGAAUGAUAUCUGUAAUAAAUUUGAUUAUACUUGCACAGUCUGUAAGAAAAAAUUUAUGUCAUUCGUAAAUAUGUGUCGUCAUAGACGGCUUGCUCAUCAGAAUUCUGCCAAAAAACGAGGAAGACCACAAAAAUCUAAAAUUAAUAAAAUAGAUAAUGAAGAUAAAAUAGCAUUUAAUAAUGUUCCAGAAAGAUCAGAGUCUGAAUUUUAUAUGAAUAUUGCUCAAAAAAUAUCUGAUAAUUUGAUCAAUUAUAUCGAUGGGAAUGUUCUGCAGAUAAAGCAAUAUAAUAAUGCAAAUAAUUUAGAUGAAUCUUCUCUUGUAAACAAUGAAGUUAAUAUAUCAUGGGAUGCUUAUAAUUUUCCACCUAGUUUUGAUUAUCAUCAAUUAGAAAUGUCAGAACCUGAGCCUGAUACAAUUAAUGUUGAAAGUGACUGUGAUAAUGCAAAUUAUAACUUCAAUUCCUAUAAUGACAAUGUGACAAUUGGCAUCAAUUCUCCAAAUAAUUCUGUUAUCUUAGAUGAUAAAAAGUAUUCAGACAUGGAAAGUAUAAAUGGCUUUUCAACAGAUGAAGAGAAAAUUAGCAAUAUCCCGUUAAUUGGCCAAAAUAUUCCACUAACGUAUAUAUGUUGUGCUUGUGUAGAAAGGUUUCAUUCAGUUGUAGCCAUUGAGGAGCACAAAUUAAAUAAUCAUCCAAAUGUAUUCUGUACUCAUAUUGAAAUUGAAGGAGAAAAAAAUGUUCCUCCAGAAUUUUGUAAACAAUUCUGCAAUCCUGUUGGUCUUCUGAAACGUUAUAUUGUUCCUUCAAUAAAUGCUCAAGAAAAUAAUGGGUUAACUUGUACUAAGUGCAAAAUGGUAUUUACAUCUGUCUCUGAUCUUCAUUUGCAUAUAUUGGAAUGUGGAGGGCAUGACAACUGCAAACAAUAUAAAAGUGAAAACUAUGGUAAAAGGAAAGGAGUUAGGAAAAAGAGACUGAGAGAAGUUAAAUGCCAAACAUAUUCACCUCCAAAGAGAAAAUGUACUGAAAGAAGUCCUAAGGGAAAGGUCAUUAAAGAUGAUGAUAUAGAAAAAAUUGAUUGCUUUAUAGAACAAGAAAUGAAAGAAAACCAAGCAGCUCGUGAAACAUACUCAUGCAAAGAUUGCUCAAAGGUUUUUAAUCAUUUGUCAACAUUUGAGAGACAUAAACGGAGCUGCAGGCAAAAGUUAACAUUAGAUAGAAGUUCACACAGAAAACUUCAUAUGAAAAACACAAAAACUGCUGGUCAACAUUCAUGUCCUUAUUGUAAAAGAACUUUUACAUACAAGACUAGUCUUAAGAAACAUUUAAAAAAUACUUGUGCUAAAAAGAUAAAAUGUAAAGUUAGAAGUCAUUUAUCAAAUACCAAAACUAAAUUAGAGACUUCAGAACAAAUUUCUGUAAGAAGAAUUGAAGAUCUUGUUGAGCAUUCAGAUUAUACAUUGGAAAAUCUGAAUUUUAAGGAUGGUGAGAAUUUAAAUGAUUUAUCUGAAACAAACAAUAUGAAAAUUCUUGAAGACGAUGUUAAAAUUGAGACAGUAAAUGAAGUUGAUCAAAAAUCUGAUUGUGUUGAAAGUGAUUUAUGUAGCAUUGAGAAUACAAAACAUGAUAUUAUUAUAGAAAACGAAGAACUGCUGUCACUCAAACAAAUUCAGAACAAUGAAAAUUUGCACAAUGAACUAUUAUUAGAAAACGGAACAAUAGUAAAACAGGAAAAUAAUUUACAGCGUGGUCUUUUUCCACAACAGCGAUGUUGUCCCCAUUGUCUUCGUUCUUUUGCUUAUUUAGCAAAUUUCAGAAGACACAUGAAAGAAAUAUGUCCUGUAAAAAAACAACUUGUCAAAGAAAAUGAAGAAAAUGGAAUCAAAUCAAAGUGUUCCCUGCCUAUUUAUAAUGUGACAACAUUUUCAGUUAAAGGAAAAAUUGAAGAUUCUGUUAUUGGUCUAUUAAGAGAUCAAUCACGGCAAAUUGAAUUGAUGAAAGGAACCGAACCUGAAGAAAAUAACCCAACACCAUCUUCUCGUUUCCGAACAUUUUCAUGCAAAGUAUGUCAUAAGAUUUUUCUUUCUUUGGUGAAAAUGCUUCAGCAUAGACUUUCACACAAGUUGCAAUCAGAUGAAUCUGAAGAUUUACCAAAAUUAGAUUUAGGUCUAAUGAAAAAAUUACAAGAAAAUUCUAUAAAAACUGAAGUUUACAAAGAGCACAACAACCAAGAAAUUUUGAAUGAGUUUGAUGAAUUUCUAAGCAAACCAAAUGCCAAAUCAGACAAAGAGGCAGAUAACAACAUUGUAUCAGAAGAAUCAAGUGAAAUGUCAAACAUUGAAAACAAUAAAAAUAGAGAUUUUAAUUGUGAAAAGUGUGAGAAAACAUUUCCAAAUAACUCUUCCAGACAAAGACACUACAAACUUGCUCAUAAAGAAUUAAUUAAUAAAAAAUCUUUAGCUCCUUUAGAUAUUAAAGUAUAUAAAAGUCCCAAAGGAAAGGCCAAGAAAAGUUUGUUAAAGUCGACUACCGAAACAGAUAAACAAAACUACUCCGACAAAAAUGUUUCUGAAUGCAAUAAGGAUCAGCUUAGUUGAAGAGUGAAAAGUUACUUUUAUUAGUUACGACAAUUAUUUUUAAUAAUGUAAAUACAGAUGUAUCAUUAAAAAAACAACAGUACAUAGUAAUUUAUGAAAAAGACUAAAUGCACUCAUUGUCAUUUCUCGUAUCAUGCAGUAAAAGUAUCUGUUUCCUUUGAACUUUGUUAAUAUAUAUAAUAUAUUAUUGCUGAUAUAGAUUGUUUUAUAACAGAAUGCAAUAAAUAAAAUAAUGGUAACUGUAUUAUUAAUAGUUAUUUUUUGAAUGUUAUGUAAUAAUGACAUAUACUGCCUCUUUGUAUGAAUGUAAUAUUAUAAAAUUGAAUUUUUA